GGCAGCGCAUGUUCCAGCCGUACCGUGCUCGCUAUCGCUACAGUAUUUUUUGGGAAAAUCCCCAGUUGUGAAAUUCGUGGCGCGGCAAUCUGACGUGACGGCAAUCUUGAUGCAUUAUUUCAGGAUUAAUUGAAAGCGAGUCAGCCUUGUUUAAAUUAUAGUUAAGGCUUCAGGCUGAAGUUCAGCUGUCGAGUGUUUGUUUUGAACGCUGGACGUCAGAGAAAUAACUGAACUGCUAACUAAAGCUGAUAUUGUUUGUACAUCCUACAUGCAGCUAGCUGCCAGUCAGUAUGGAGCUAUCAAAAGAUCAGGAGAAGCUGGCAGCAAACGCUAUUGAGGAACUAUUCACCACCAUUUGUAGAAAAACCAGCACCACAGAACUGAACAAGUUAAAAGAUUCCAUACGGAAAAAAAACCUGUGGACGUCCCUUGGUAUUAAUGAUGAGGAAUUAGAUCAAGCAAAAACAAUGCAAAAGUUUCUGAACUUACUGGCAAGGAAUUCCCAUCUUGCUCACAACCCUGUGCUACUAAACUUAUCAAUGUGUAUGCAGGAGCUCUCUCGGGAAGACUUAAUUUCCCCUAUUGAGGUCGCUGAUGAAAUAUUAAAAGACAUACAUGCUUUGUUUAUCCAUGUACCGGAAGAAAUAAGAGGGCAACAAGAGCGAGCAGCAUACAGAAAAGCAUUAAAGGAGGGCAACAAGGAAGUACAUCGAACAAGAUUGAUGAUUGUUGGGCAAGAACGAGUUGGGAAGACUAGCCUCAAGAGGAGUCUGACACAUCAAAGUUUCAAUGCGGAAGAAUCAUCGACUGAGGGGAUUAGUGCAUCAUCCUUCUGCAAAAUAGACAUCAAACAUGCAACAUCCUGGCAACUGCAUGAAGAAGGAGACGAUUCAACCAGUUUCAGACGUGAAUAUGAAGAAAGUUUGAAAAACGAAGCAAAGUACAACUAUCAGAAUUUCAUCAUGGAGAAUGUACCUGUGUGCAUCAGCUGUGCCAACGUGACAUGUACUUCACAAAUGCAAAAUAUGCCUCCAGGUCCACGUGUAACACCUGUAUAUGCAGUACACCAAGCAUCCCUACCUGCAGCAGCUUCCUCGUUUCCACCCCAGAAAUCUAUCACACAAGUAGACAUCGAAACCAGGAGAUCUCCAAGUAAUGAACCAACCCACCAACUAGAAGUGGGAAAGAGGCAAAUCUCUGGUGCAGGGGAGCCAAUUGUUCUCAGCCUUUGGGACUUUGCUGGUCAAAAUUUGUACUAUACUUUACACAAGACAUUCCUGUCUUCUCGAGCCAUAUAUGUGGUCGUGUUCAACCUUUGUCAAGACCUUGACAAACCAAUACAAACUAAUGGAAGACCUGAUGAUCAAGGGGACAGCUGUCACAGCAAUAGGAUGACUCCCAUGCAGUAUCUUGAUUUCUGGAUGCAUUCAAUUUUCACAUACACGAAAGAAAAUCCCUCAAAAGAAAGAUCAGAGCAGAAAUCCCCUCCCAUCUUCAUUGUUGGUACUCACCGAAAUAGCGUUGGAGGAGAUGACUUGCCAGACAGUGAACGCAAACAGUUGAUAGAAAGGAUAUUUACUCGAAUAAGAAUAGAGAUCAGCAGCAAACCUUAUGCCAGGUUUGUAGUGCAAGAGUUUUAUGCCAUAGAGAACACCCUGGAAACCAACAACACCAAGAUUUGUGAACUGAGAAAACAUAUAGAGAACAUCGCAGGGAAAGAGCCCUACAUGGGACAGCUAAUUCCAUUGCGAUGGUUGCAGUUUGAUGACAGAAAACUGAAGGAAGUAGCCAAGAGUGGCGGAAUUCCUGUUUUAACUCUGCAGCAGGUGAAGGAUGACUUUGGUUUAGAAGAUGAAACCGAACUUCUGACGAUGCUGAAGUUCUACCAUGAUCUCGGCCACAUUGUCUACUUUGGAGGUGAUGGUGAUCAGAAGAGUCAAGCCUUGAAGGAUGUAGUCAUUCUGGAUCCUCAGUGGCUGAUUGAUGCAUUAAAGAAGGUCAUCACUAUCACACCUCCAAGAAAACAGAUGGCCGACCAUGUCCAAUCGUGGAAUAAUUUGAAGGACAGUGGCAUAUUGGAGAAUAAGCUGAUUGAUUACAUGUGGCGAGAUAUUCUUUCACACAAGAAGGCUCUUCUAGAUCUGAUGGACAAGUUUGACCUACUUUGUGAGCGUACUGAUCAGCCCCAGGAGGAAGCCUGCAGCAGUCCUGCAGCAUCUACUGUUUCAUCCAUCAAGUUCCAGCGACAGCAUUCACAUGCUAGCCCUGAGGAUAUGGUGUCCUACUAUGUGCCUUCAAUGCUGCGGAGACAGACAUCACACAGCAGUCAGCCGGAGUCAGCAAAGCAGAAGAAUGCAAGUGUGUUUUGCGUGGACUUCCAUGGAUUCCUUCCAGAUGGAUUAUUUCAUCGCUUAGUUGUGCGAGCACUGCGAUGGUCACAAACCUUAGGUGGAACACAUCCUAGUCUGAAGUAUGAUCAAGCCAGCUUCUUUGUAAAUGACCAGCAUGAGUUUGUACUCCAGUUGGUACGAAAGAAGGAUCUUGCUUAUCUCAAAGUGACUGUCAAGCGUGCACAGUUCGUUCAAACAAGGCGAAAAAGACGCCCAAAAGAGGAGAAGAUACAUGUCAAGAAAUCCCCUUCUUCCGAUGUCACAUGCAAGGUACACAGAUUUGUUGAAGAGAAUCUUCAGAACUUGAAGGACAUGUGGAUAAAGAGAAUUGAUUACUGCAUCAGUGUCUUAUGUUUGAACAACAAGCAUAAAAUGCCUCACCUACUACCACUGGAUGAAUGCUUAAAGAAACCACAGGUUGUCUGCAGGUUGGGCAGUUCCCAGAUGGUCUUUGACACUUACAAGUUCCAAGCCAUGUUUAAACAGGAAAGCUCUGAAGAAGAACCUUCAGCACUUGAAAAGAGACAACCUAUGAGUGAUGUCCAUUUCCGAGAGAUCGCAAAGAAGCUUGGUCCAGAGUGGGAAGAAUUGGCAACGUACCUGAAUUUCUCAAAAGAGGACAUUUACAGGUUUAGGAGUGAGUCAAGUAAUAUUGAUGGUCAGAUAUUCAGCAUGCUUGUAAAAAGGAGACAAAAUCGUGGAGGGAAAGUGGAAAAGAUGCGAAAAGAGAUAGUGGAUGCACUCAGAAAGAUGGGCAAAAAUGAGCUUGCUGAUGAAGUGCAGAAUUACUGAAACCAAACAGUUUACUUGUUGGGGCUCGUCUUUCUUCUAAACAGACUUUUGGGUCUCUGUUUGUUUGGGGGGGUCAUUAGAGCUUGUAAACUUUUGUUACGUGUUAGUUGGACCAAAAUAAAUAGUUGCAAAGUACAGACACUGUUAUAUUUCAUACAUUGUUGAUUAAGUAAAAAUAUUACUUGUAUUCCUCAUAGAUAACUUGCGUUGAAGUUGUAACAAUUUGUUUCAAGAAUCAUCCUAGUUUUGAGUGCACUUCUGCCUAAUAUCAAACAAUCAAAAGAUGUGGCACUGUUGAAGUCACUGUUUGAUAACAAAUUGAAAAAUACAAAUUGUUGUAAAGGCAUGAUGCCUUUUUAUUGAUGGUUUCGUAGGUGGUUUGUACAGUACUUGGCAAGAUUUAUAGUUGAAUACACACACAAACAAUAAAACUUGCCUUUCCGUGAAGCUUUCUAAGAAUGUUCUCCACGUGAAUAUGACUGCUUGCCUCUUGCAUUUGGGGUCUUUUCAAACCAGUACUCAGUUAUGUUAUUGGGGCACCUAUGACUUCUGUUUCUGAAUUGUUUUUAUUUUUUCGAAGAGAAAUAUUUUCCUUUUGUUUUGUAUUUCGCUCUCAAAAUAGUUAUUUAAUUUAAUGAGAUUUUGAUUAAAAUUGCCCCAUCCAUGUGAUUCGGUUCACCUCCAUUUGGGUACCACUUCUUCCCUUUUGCAAGGUUGUGAGAAUUCAGCUUUUCAGCUGAUUUCGGCUAUUUUGUGUAGAUUUUGACCCUGAAUUUCAGCUUUUUUGUACAUCUGGUCCGUACAACAGUACGGGAACUUUUGACAUUUCAGCUUUUUGCUAGCUGUUUUCAGCUUCAAUUUGAAGUGGCUACUCACCCCCCCUGCUUUUGUAAAUGUUGGGUGACACCCCCCUCCCUGACUGGAUCUACCUCUGUAUAUUGCUUACAUCUCUUAUCAAAUGAACUUAAGAGACGUUCUCUGUGGAUACAGAAACAAACA